GCUCUGCCAUCUUGUACUUGGAGUGGUCUCCCCAUUAUUCUUCGGAAUUAACUCCCUUCGAAGCGUCGACAAAGUUUGGAGAAUGCCAUCAUCGAUUGCUCGUUUGCAACGUUUGUUGAAGGCCUACCCUUCACUUAACCUCAGGAUAGAUGUGGAUCAAAACCAUCAUCAGGCACACAUCAACUUACCAGGAUUGCGUUUUGAUGACAUCGACCACACAGAUUUGGUGUCCAGGACAGCCAAGCAUGUGGCGACUGCUGAACACUUUUGGCAGCACAGAACAUGCAGCCUACUAUGAUCCCAACUCGUUCUUGAGCUAUAACAAACUACAGAAACAGGGCAUCAAGACGUUUAGUCAGUCUGUCACCAUGGAGGUGGCCCAAUCAUUUUAUGAGGUGACAACCCCCAAAUCUCCCGUACAGGUAAAACUUAAUUGCACUGGCAUAGCAGAUUCCACCUUUACCACAAACAUCUGUGUGAUGUUUGGUGGGCGACUCAAGCCUUCCAUCAUCAUCAAAAGCCUGAAUUCCUUGAUACACAAAGAGAGUGGGUUAUCCGAGCAGGUUCCUCAGUGGUGGCGCACCCAUUUUUCUAUGUUUCUCCCAACAUUUCCAGAAAAGCCUCAGAUUCCUAACCCCCCUGAAAACAUUCAAAAAACAUUCACACACCAUCUGACAGUACCUCUUAGUGACACAGACACCAGUGGCUUCACACGCCACCCCAUGUAUGUUCGCUACUUUUUCGACAACAUGUCCAUAGCUUCCAACAGAGGCUUCUACAAAAAGUUUCUGGGUCAUCUCCAUCAGUAUCAGGUCAAAAGACUGUCAAUGACCUCACAUGGAGCAACCAGGUGGGGAGAUGCAUUGACAGUAGAAACUUGUGAAGACCCGGAAGAGGAAGGGUUGAAAAUCCAUUGUUUCACUGGUAAAAAUGGACAUGUCAAAUGGUAUGCAUGUGCUGAAUUUUUUCCUGCGACAGACACAUGACCUCUGAAACAAUAACAUUGGUAUGCCAUUGUGUCUUACGCUGACAGCAAGACUGCUUGCAUUUAAUACACAGAGAAGAAAGUGAAGCUUAUCUUAUGGUCACUAGGCAAAGGACAACAUAUCUUCAUUUUGAUAUUGAUUGCUUCUACUUGCUUAUCAAAUCCUACUGAAGUUUUGUUGUUUUGAGAAUGAUCCUGCUCUUACAUCUUGCUUUUUUAGCAAAAUUUCCUUACCUUUUUAACACAGGUUCAUGGUUCACCUUAUGUGUUGAAAUUGAUAACUCCAUGCUCUUUGAUUUAGAGUUUUUCUUCCAUUUUCCACAGAAGAAGGCACGGACAAAGAGGCAAGCAUAAUAUCAGCAAAAGCAGAUAAAGUCUUAGCAAUGUUGCUUCACAGCCUGGGGCUGGGUAGCAGUUUAGCUAACUGCUAUGUGUUAUAUUCAGCUAGUAGCUCUUUGUGCACCUGGCCCCAGGUUUUUCCAAGUUUGUAAUGCUUUCAGUUUUACAGUUGGGUGAUAACCUUAAAAUGUUACAGGAUUUUCAUUGCAGUUAAUGUUUUGUUGUCUUUGCUGAGUUUAUUUGAGUCAUUCAAACCUACAAAUUGUCAAAUAUGUUUAAACUUUUACAUUUACUUGGAUAUGAGUAGUCAAAGAACCACAUCCCUAGAUGGAGGAGCAUAAAGCUCUGAACUGUAAAGAGUUGAUAUUUAUAUGUAAGGAACUGUCCAAAUGGUGUAGUGUUAAAUAGAAAUAGAGUUGAUAUUAACAGAAAUUGCAUUUUAUGGCCUAACAAAAGGAUAACACAUGACCAAGGACAAAUAAGAUUCUGUGCUACUGGGGAAGCUGGUAUUGACAUUUGCAUCAUACUUUAACAUGAGGAUAGCACCUGAUAAAUACAUAUAUUUUUAAAAAAAAAUUACCUCAGUGAAAUUGAUAUUAACAGGGGUGAAUUGUCUUCAAGUUUAACCCACAUGCUCUUUGUUUGGUUUAAUUUAUUAUGAGAUAACAAUUGUCUCAAAACCUGAUAAAAUAACCAUAUUAUUUUUGGCAGAUACAAGCCUUUGAAUACUACAAGUUUUAGCCAUAUUUUAAAAAGAAAUCAAGACCUUAUUUUCUAUGACUUCACAAAAUAGCCUUUUAUAGCCCUGCUUUAUUAGGAUGGGCUUGAAUCUGUCGCCUUGACUGCAGCCUUCAGUCACAAUGAUUGGAAUUCAUGUUUAUUCAUGAGUGCUUUUCUCAAAAAUAAUAAAACAAUGCAGUUUUGUGAAAUACUAAUUACAGGCAUAUGUUUUGUAAACUGUCAGCAACUUAGGAUAUCAUUUCAUAUUUGACUCUGGGUGUAAGUACAGGAUUGACACAUAACUAAAGAUAAUGAUAAUCCUGUGAUCUAAAUGUGAACCAUUAUGACAUUUGCUUGCAGUUGUUGCAGGACUUCAUCUUUGCAUAUGAAGAUUUAGGAUGUAGAAAAAUAAGAAAUAGGUUAUUCAAUCCAGUAAUUGGGCAUAAUGAUUCUGUUCAGCAUAGGAUAUGAAGUGGGGAACGACAAACGAUAAUUGACCAAUUUAAUAAAUUCCAAUGAGCAAAUGUAACUUGGGAAGUUGGCUUAGUUACAAAAAUGCCUGAUUUCUUUGUGUGAUUCUGGGAUACAGGUCCCACUUAAAUAUCGAAACCUCACCUGCUUCAUUGUUGUAUUUAUGUUCUGUUCAUAUUAUUCAUUAUUUCCAUACCUUACAGUAACUGUUGCAGUUUGUUUUGAUCGUCAUCAUUAA